GUAAGUAUGGUCUCUCUGUUCGAAACGUACGAGAAGCAGUACGGUGCACUCACCAGUGAUAUAACAUCAAACCUUGGAAAAAUACCUUCACUAAAAGACGGUCAGUUUGUGAUAUAAGCGCUGAUACCCAAUGCAGAUGAAAGAUCAGGGGUCAUUCGGGAGACCUCCACUUUGUUUGACGAAACUAAGGAUAUUCUUGAACAGAUGUCAUUGGAAGUGCAGGAUAUGACCCAUCCUAUCAAGACCAAAUGUGCCAACAGACUUCAUUGUUUCAAAUGCGAAUUCGAAAAGUUGUUAACGGAAUUCAAGAGCCCGCGCUACGCGGCACGCAUCAUGUCCGAUGUAUCAAAAAGGCAGUUUGAAGGCGAUGAAGAAAGUUUACGCGAAGAGGUCCUUUAUGAUUCUGAUAUGCGGGCCCGACUGUUGGACAAUACAGAAAGAAUGGCUCGCUCAACCAACAGACUGGAGGAUGGGUUGGGAGUUGCUCUUCAAACCGAAGAAGUUGGUGGUCAUAUUCUAAAUGAUUUAGGGGACCAACGUGAAAAGCUACAGCGUAGUCGUCAUCGAAACCGCGUGCUACUCGUGGGGACAAUUUUUUUGAUGAUAGUCAUAUUUCUGGUCGCUAUCUAUCUCGUCACCAAACGCAGUCCUUCAUCUGCUGCCCCAAACUCCCUCUCGCUUCCACUUCCCGAUGUUCGUGUGAAGAAUCCUGAUGUGUUACGGAUCGAAGUCGCGGAUGCUGCCAAAGAUAAUGUUGUUUCGAACGUGCCCCCAGAACCAUCCGGAAAGGCCUAA